AAUGGAAACAGCUGCACGUGCCGGCCUCGAAGUCAAACCACGCAGACCCACGGAGAGAGCCGUUAUUUUUAUUGCAUUUUUGCAAUCAAAAUAGUUUUUCGCUCAAUUGUGCUCUAGGUUCUAAACAAAGGAAUCAUGCCGGCAAAGAAGAGAGGCACCAGUUUCAGGUCUGCAGAGCCACCGACGAUAAGGAAAAGACCUCGAAGGUCCUCUGUGCAGCCGGAUGUGGAGGCAAAGGUGCGAAAACUUUCUGACCGCCCCCGUUCUCCAGCCACCUUCAAGUUGGAGCCGCUGCUGUUGCCUCUGGAGCAGCGAGAGACUGGCCAGGUUUUUACCUUGGGCGAUAACAUGACAGGCCAGCUCGGCUUUGACGACGAUGUUGAGAGCAAGAGGAGACCGGUCCCUGUUGAGGGCCUUGUAGACGCCGUUGCUGUUUGCUGCGGAGGAAUGCACACCGUGGUCCUCAACAAAAAUGGAGAGGUUGUGACAUUUGGCUGCAAUGAUGAUGGUGCCCUUGGCCGGAAAACUGGCGAUGGUUUUGAUCCAGAGUACAAACCUAGCAAAAUCAAUCUGCCUGGCAAGGCAAUCCAAGUGACAGCCGGGGAUUCGCACACGGCCAUCCUGCUGGAGGACGGGCGUGUCUUUGCCUGUGGUAGUUUCAGGGACAGUUCAGGUCUACUGGGCCUGACUUUGAGCGGCAAUGUCAAGGAGGAGACGCCGGUGGAGAUUUUCAGGGGCCAGGAAAUCGUCAAGAUCAGUUCUGGCGACGAUCACAUAGUCAUGCUGAGCGUGUCGGGUACUGUCUUCACCAUUGGAAACGGCGAACAGGGCCAGCUUGGACGUGUGCCUGAACGCACGGCCACCAACAAGGACAGUCGCCACCACAAGCAGCAGCUGUUAGCGCCCAUGCCUGUCAACCUGCACGCCCACAGAAGAGCCUCAACCAAGAUUAAGUGCUCUGAAAUCUGGACUGGCUCGUGGAACACAAUGUGCCAGAGCGAGGCAGACGGGAAAAUUUACGUCUUUGGCCUAAACAAUUACAAUCAUAUUGGGCUGACUGAGAUUAACAACCCCCAGUUUUUGCCGGUCUUGUCUGAAGUGAUGAGUUCAAAAAAAUGGAAAAAGAUAGCCGGAGGGCAGCACCACACCCUUUGUUUGGACGAAGAAGGCAAAGUUUACAGUUUUGGACGACACGACUACGGCCGCCUUGGUCUGGGUAAGAUAGAAGACACGGUGAAGGAACCAACCCUGGUAGGGGCUUUAGCUGGCGUCAAGUGUGUGGACAUUGUCAGUGGGAACACAACUUCGUAUGCCAUCGCCGAAGGAGGCAAGGUUUACUCUUGGGGCAUGGGCAGCACCCAGUUGGGAAUCGGUGGCGAGGAGCCUGACGAUGUUGACGAACCGCAGCUAAUGCAAGGCAAAGCCCUGGAGAAACGUUUUGUGCUUAGUGUGGCCGCGGGUGGGCAGCACACUGCCCUGGCCGCACGCGACCUUCCAGACAACCCUGCUUAAAUUAACAUUGAUUAUGUCCGAGUGCCUUUGAUUGAAAAUUAUGACUAAAAGGAAAAAAAUCAUUAUUUCCCAUUUGUAAGGAAUACUUUCAAUGUAUAGAAACAUAAUUGAACUUCUGCCUUUUGAAAAUUGUUUGUCACUUAUAAAACUUAAUUACACAUUAGCCGUAUUGAAAAUUGCAUGUCCUAUUGGUUAUAAGCUUGUUAAAGUUGGCUAAAGCUGUUCUUCGGCAUGGGUUAUCAGUAAACGAACCAACACUAGUAAUUCAAAAAUUAAAAU